AUGGCUCUGGCCUUCCACACCUGGAACAUCGCUUCGCCCCUCUCGACCCGUGCAACAACGGCCAUCUCUCGUGCAUUUAUCAGCUCGGUUGCUUCGUCGACAUCCCCUGCCUCAACUUCUGCCUCUGCCUCUGCCUCUCACGAGCAUGUGCAGGAUAUACAGACCUCUGCUGCUGGAGAGCAACUCGACGCAGCCCGUAAUAGAUCUCGCCGCCGCUUUCAUAAGACCCGACGCCAGGCGGUUUGCCGAUCUUUGGGAUCUCAAGCCGCGGACGAUUUGAUCAAAGAUUCCACCAAGGCGAGAUCGAUCGAUGUCUAUAAGCAGAGGCAUAAAUCUGGGGCACCCUCGUUAUCGAUAUCCUCUUCAAUCAGGGAUGAUCUAUACGAUUUGACAAGGUCACCAAAGGCGUUCCAUAAGCGAAAGUCUGAGCAGGAUCCCGCUAUCGAACAAGUCACAGACCUAGAUCUCCGCCUUACUUCAGAUGAGUCCAUCCAGUACACGCAAAAGGCACCCACGAUUAACGAAAGUGAAAUAGAAGAAAUUCUUGGGAGUUCGACAUCAACAAGUCAUACCACCAAACAAGACGAAGGAAAGCUUGGGAUCGCAGGAACGAUAUCUGCAAGAGAAGUGUCGAUCAAUGAACCUAUGAGAGAUAUGAAGAUAGCCCGACUGCGGAAAGCUUUGGGCAGGGUCCUGUUUAGCCCAGGAGUCAUCCCACUUCGAGACUCUAGGACUGGUGUCUGGAACUUCGAGCCCAGCUUACAUGAUAUACCGCAACCAGACAAAUUCGCAUUUCAUCGUUGUCCACCUUAUAUCACCCCGUCGCAAGAUGAGGAACUGAUCGAUUUGGCAAAACAACAAGGGUGCAGUUUUGUCGGUUCGACGUCUACUUUGACCAAAGCUUUGAGCCAAAUCUACUUUGCUAUCAGUGGCGGGAAGGGCGUCGAUCUGUCAACUCUUAGUCAAGAUUUUACCUCUGAGAUGUCAAAUGGUAUAUACUCCGUCGAUAGCGAUAAGCGAUGGGACAUUGAGAACGUGAUCAGCGAUUUUGGCCGUAUACUCGAAAAGAUGCUCACCUGCGAGGUUCACGACUUCAAGCGGUUUCUGCUAAGCAGUCCUGAAUCGGCUGUCAACUCGCUUCUGAUGCGUUCUCAACUGGAUUGUCACGAUCCGAGGUUACCUGGAAACGGUGUUUUCGACAUCAAAACCCGAGCAUGUCUACCUGUGAGGCAUGAUCGCGCCAAUUAUCUAGCGAACUCCGCCUAUGAUAUUUCCAAGGAUCGAGGUUAUACCCAAUCCUACGAGAGAGAAUACUAUGAUCUUUUACGUGCUGGUAUGCUCAAGUUCAGUUUCCAAGUCCGUAUCGGUGGCAUGGAUGGUAUCUUUCUAGCAUAUCAUAAUACCUCUCGUCUUUAUGGGUUUCAAUACAUAUCCUUAUCCGAAAUCGAUGAACGGAUCUUUGGCUCGACCGAGAUGGCUGAACAAGCAUUCCGAUUGUCCGUUUCCCUACUGGAGCUUUUCUUACAGAAAUCAGUGGCAGAAUUCCCAGACCAGGCAAUCAACAUCCUCCUCAAACACUCCCCUAUCAUAGACGCGCAUAGCGUUACAGCCUAUGUCGAGCCCAAAGACUGGGACUCAUCGGCUGGAGAACGACCUAUCAGAGCGAUCACACUGACCAUGAAUAACGUACUUGACGGGUCGGUCAACUAUACAAUCUCGUAUAACGAGGUGGACGAAGAGGGUAUCAAGAAAGCUCGAAGAGGACUACAUCGUUUACAACAGGAUCUGCUAGCUAUGAACAGCCUUGUAGUGCCGGCUGGGGAGACUGUCAAAAGCAUGACCCGAAAGGAUGUCAUCACACGUCGCCGUGAGAAGAAAGAGCAUCAAAAACAGGGCGAGGAUCAGUCAGCGAUACCCGACGAGGAAGCAGAGUCGUACUCUAAAAUCAGGUGGCGAGAGCCUGGAGCUCGUCAGAUAAAGUUGCGAGAAGAGGCGCAGGAGAGUGGUCAAGCUUAUGAGAAACGAAAAAAGACUUGGAGAAAAGGGAAGUUUGCAUGGUCAACUUGA